AAGAAGUUGUGACGGACACUGCCGAGACCACCUGCUGCUAGAAGAGCGCCGCCAAUAGCUUCUACAAUGGCAAGCUUCUCCGGUUAUUCAACUAGUACCUUCACAAUAAUAAUUAGAAACUCAAAUUUGUUCUUCAAAGAGUCGGAGUUAAUAUCGAGGAAUUUACCGCGCAC